GAGGCAUACAUGCAGUACAGUGUGAGUAUGUGUUGUUUCUAACAGUGAGGUAGGAGGAGAGGAGGAACGGGAGAAGGAGGAGGAAGGGGUGCUUCCUCUUCAGUCUGGGCUGAGCUGCUGAUGUAUUCCAGCAGCCCCAACCUUGGUAUAAAAAGUCAGUAGCAGAGGGAACCCUCCUAAGUGUCUCCUACGCCGCAGCAUGACCAGGACCGAGAGCCUGAGAGUGUGGACUUAACAAAACAAUGCCCAGCCUAAUUGUCGAACCACUCAACACUCAACACUUCAUCAUGGACAGAGAUGACAGGAACAGAAACAAGACCAUUGGAAAGAACUUUAUGUGCCGACUUCAGUGCAUGUUCUCACACUCAUCAAGCUCUGAGAGGCUAAGUUUAGAAGAUACCCAACAAUGGUCACAGUCACUGGAACGGCUUCUCGAGUCUAAAUAUGGACUGGCUACUUUUCGCAACUUUCUCAAAUCUGAAUACAGCGAUGAGAAUAUUGAGUUCUGGCUCACCUGUGAGGACUACAAGAAGAUCAAGUCUUCGUUCAGAAUGUCCUCAAGAGCCAAGAAGAUUUAUGAGCAGUUCAUCAAAGCAGAAUCCCCUAAAGAAAUCAACAUUGACUAUCACACCCGAGAGCAGAUCAAAAGGAACGUCAAGACUCCCACCAUGUACUGCUUUGACGACGCUCAGAAGAUAGUUUAUGGGCUGAUGGAAAGAGACUCGUACCCGCGGUUCCUCCGCUCAGACAUUUAUAGAACUCUCUUGGAAAACCUUGCCGCUGACGCCACGAAGGGAUGAAGGCGUAGCCAGGGGGAGAGAAAAAGGACAUAAAACCCAUAACUGGAAUGUUUGAGCUCCUUCAGGAGGAAGGACUGACAACAGCAAAGGAAGCGGAGGGUCGACACGGACACAUACAGAGACACACCUCGGGGUCCUCACUAGAUCAAAAAGCAAACUGUGUCCCAACUAGUCUGGUCCCAUCAUGGGAGGAUGCCCACACUGAUCACCUUGCACCUGAGGGCCGUGCAAGAAGUAGAAGAAGAAGAAGAAACAUAACUAGCCUUAAUGAUUAUGACCCUGUAGCGUGUGUUUGCACUGGAUGUUAAGUCUGUGUAAGUAGGCGAUCUGACCACAUUUUGACAAUUAAGGAUUCAGUGGGGCGACCGGUUCUCGCUCUGACGGUGGAGCUGUGUAAGAAAACCAUUCAGCGGACCUCCUUUAACCUUCUUUGCAGAGGUGUUUCCUGUGCAGAUAAAGACAGAGGAUGUAAGAUGCAACAGUUACACUCGAUUAGUUGUGUGUUUGUGUGUGUCUUAGAGAGAGAGAAUGUGAGUAUUAGUUGUAGCUUUUGCCACUGACACAGAAUAAGCUGUCACAAUAAGAGUUGGCCAAUUAUCUAAUGACAGCACUAAGGAAGCCAAAAAAACAGAGGAAUCAAUAGUAAAAUGUCAUCCUUAGUUGCAGGGUUGCAGGAGGGCACUUCGUUCUGGGACACUUUAAAUGGAUUUAAUGGUUUUGUUUUUUGUUUUAGAUAGGGGAUAUGGGGUUUGCCCAUGGUUGAUAUUCUGUGCUGAUAUCCAAUAUCGUUAAGGUUUAUUAUUUUCAAACUACAAAAAAAGUAAAAUUAGUAUUUUAUUCCAAUAGAAAUCCAGGAUAAAUAUAUUUUAUAUGAUGACAAAACAUAAUCAUGCACAGUUUUGUGUGGAAUCUGAAUCAAACUCAGCACUAUAGCAACUGAGAACUUUCCAUUGAAAUUAGACAUCUUAAUUUAAUUCCUCAGCACACAACUGCUGGCCGUUACCUUAGCCUAAUCCAAAUCCUUACAGCACUGAAGUGUCAAGAGUUGUCAUUUUCUGUAAUUAACUAUUUGAGUGGAAUUACUAUAGAGAUAGAAUGUUUCACCUUGCAUGACAGGAUGUUAAAACUCCUUGUAUUCCCUGAGAAUAUGCCUUGUUGUUGCUUUCCAAAGCAUGUUGUUUGAAUGUGUUCUUAGGUAGUCCUAGGGGUUAGUAGUUAAUUUAACUUAAACAUUAAACAGUGUAUUAUUUAUUGAUAAUUGUCACCAUUUGAGUAUAAAGUUUGUUGCGGUGUUGAAGUGCUUGUUAAAAUGUUAGUGAUUUGAAUGACAUUAAAUUAUUUAAAUUGCC